AUGAUUCACCACAAGGACGGCCUUCUGAUCUAUCAAUAUGAUGGGGAACAAGUGUGGAUCCAGCCAUGGGGUCCAGAUGCCUUCCGAGUCCGAGCUACCAAGGCUCAUGUGAUGCCCGCUGAGGCAUGGGCAUUAGAAGAAGAGCCAAAGCAGGUCAAAUCAGAGAUCUCACUCGCCGAAGAUGGCUCAGCCAGCAUACAAAACGGGAAGGCAAAGGCAUUCGUGAGCAAGCGGGGAAAGAUUACCAUCUACAACGCCGACGAUGUCGUCGUCCUCGAAGAGUACGCCCGGAACCGUCGCGACCUGCUCGACGCCAAAUGCAGCGCCAUUGAGGUCGAGGCCCGCGAGUUCAAACCUCUUCGGGGCGGCGACUAUCACCUCACAAUGCGCUUGGAGAGCCAGCGACCUGACGAAAAGAUAUUUGGGAUGGGACAGUAUCAGCAACCCUUCCUGGACCUCAAGGGCCUCGACCUCGAGCUGGCACACCGUAACUCGCAGGCCAGUGUGCCCUUCGCGUUGUCUUCUCUAGGCUACGGGAUCCUUUGGAACAAUCCCUCCAUCGGCCGCGUUGUGUUUGGAAAGAAUACGACUGCCUUUGAGGCGUACUCUACCAACAUUCUGGAUUACUGGGUCGUGGUCGGCGACACACCCGCCGAUAUCGUGCAGCGUUACGCAAAUGUGACUGGCAAAGCUCCCAUGAUGCCAGAACACGGCCUGGGCUUCUGGCAGUGUAAACUCCGGUACGAGACCCAAGAGGAGCUUCUUGAGGUCGCCAGGGAAUACCGCCGUCGGGAACUUCCCCUCGAUCUCAUCGUUAUCGACUUCUUCCACUGGCCGUUGCAAGGCGAGUGGAAGUUUGACCCUCAAUAUUGGCCCGAUCCAGAUGCCAUGAUCCAAGAGCUCCGCGAGUUGAACGUUGAGCUCAUGGUCUCAAUCUGGCCAACAGUGGAUCAAAGAUCGUCAAACUUCCAAGAGAUGCUCGAGCAAGGAUUCCUCGUCCGCACCGAGAGAGGUGUCCGCACCAACUUUGAGUUCGAAGGUUCUACCGUGUACUACGAUCCCACCAACCCGGGGGCUCGUAAGUACGUCUGGAACAAGGUCAAGCAGAACUACUUCUCAAAGGGCAUCAAGACAUUCUGGCUUGACCAAGCCGAGCCAGAGUAUUCCGUCUACGACUUUGAAAAUUACCGCUACUUCCUCGGCCCGAACCUUUCCGUCGGCAAUAUCUAUCCCAAAGAAUACGCCCGAACGUUUUUCGACGGUCAGAAGGAGGCCGGCCAGAAGAAUAUCGUCAACUUGCUACGCUGCGCAUGGGCCGGAAGUCAAAAGUACGGCGCGCUCGUCUGGAGCGGCGAUAUCGCGUCCUCGUGGGGCAGCUUCCGUAAUCAGCUGGCAGCCGGACUGAACAUGGGUAUUGCAGGAUUGCCCUGGUGGACGACCGACAUUGGAGGAUUCCACGGCGGCAACCCCGAAGACGAGGCCUUCCGUGAGCUCUUUGUGCGGUGGUUCCAAUGGGGCGCGUUCUGCCCCGUGAUGAGACUGCACGGCGACCGAGAACCGAAGCCGGGCGGCUUGGCUUCGAGCAGUGGAGCGACCAACGAGGUCUGGUCGUACGGCCCGGCGGUGUAUGACAUCUGCCAAAAGUAUCUCUUCAUCCGCGAAAAGUUGAGAGACUACACGCGGAGGCUGAUGGCUGAGGCCCACGAACAUGGGUCGCCUGUGAUCCGAUCGCUGUUCUACGAGUUCCCGGGAGAUGAGAGGUGCUGGCAGCUUGGGGCCGAGCAGUACAUGUAUGGCGAUGCCUAUCUUUGCUGCCCCAUUGUCAAUCCCGGCAUCACCAAGGCCAAAGUCUAUCUGCCGAAGUUGGAUGGUGGAGAGCGAUGGACAACUCUUCCUCACGAGGGCUCUGAGGGGCAAGACUUUGAGGGCGGACAGGAGAUUGAGAUCGAGUGCCCUCUAGACUGGAUGCCAGUGUUUGUUAGAAAGUCAAAGGCAGAAGUCGUUCUGCACAGAACAAAGUAG